AUGGAACUAGAGCUUGGCCUUGCUAUUUCAAAUUGUAACCAUUUUCCCAUCAAUGCAAUCACGAGUUAUAGGAAGAAUGGUUUUGAUGAUAGCUUCUCCGAUAUGAAGAUGAAGAUGAAGCAAAAGCGAUGUUUUGAAGAGGCCUUUCAUGAGGAUGAAGGAGUAGUUGAACGUAAGACGUUGUCUUUGUUCAUAUGGAAUGGCCAACCAAAUGAAGAUGAUGAUAACCAUGGAAGAAACAAGAAACCUUUUAAUGCCACUUGUCACAAGGAUUUUGAGGAAGAAAGUCUCAAACUUCUUGGUUGGCCACCAAUUAAUACAUGGAGAAAAAAACAAUUUCAUCAUCAAGGUCAUGCAGGUUGGAUUACAAAUGAUAGAAACAAUAACAAUAAUAAUAAUAAUAAUGUUAUUGUUGGAGGAAGAAACUCUAUGUAUGUAAAGGUGAAGAUGGAAGGGGUGCCAAUAGGAAGGAAGGUUGAUCUAAGGCUCUAUCAUUCUUAUCAACUUUUUACCCAAAAUUUACUUCAAAUGUUUGCAAGAUAUCAAAAUAGUGGAAAAAAUAGUACACGCUUUACAAUCUUGUACCAAGACAGAGAAGGAGACUGGAUGCUUGCUGGAGAUGUACCAUGGAAAACAUUCGUGGAGACUGUUCAAAGAAUUGAGAUACAAAAGAAUGAGAAAUGA